AUGCGGGACCUCACUAACAGACGGAGUCCUGGUUUCUGUCUUGGUACCUUCGUCUCCAACACCACCCUUUCCAAACCCACCCCUAAUUCCAUAGCACUGUCAGAGGCUUUCCUGGGAUUUGCAAGUGCUAUGAGUCACAUGUAUGUCAUGCUGCUCUCCUGCUGUGUUCUGGUCUUGCUUGUGCCUGGUCCAUGUUUUACGGCACCCACAGUUACACUGGAAGAAGAGAGCACUCCUACACCAGAACCACAUGUUGACUUGAAGCUGGCCACAGACUAUCUCCAGCAGUACUACAACCUGAAAAAUGAUCCUCUGGGACGUAUAAAACGGAGUGGACCCUCCUUCACCUCUAAGGUGAAAGACAUGCAGAUUUUCUUUGGGCUGAAUGUGACAGGCACGCUGGACUCAGAUACCCUGGAGGUGAUGAGGAGCCCUCGAUGUGGCGUUCCAGAUGUGGAGGAGUACAGUCACAUCCAGGGGAUGCGGUGGAAUAAGAAUGUUAUCACCUACAGCAUUGGCAGGUACACCAGAGAUUUGCCUCGCAGCACCGUGGACUCUUUGAUCGAGUCAGCUUUCAGCGUUUGGGCGAGAGCCAGCAGUCUGACGUUUGUCAGGUCAAACACCCACAAUGCUGACAUCAUGGUGGAGUUUGUGACCUAUGCGCACGGUGACUUGUUCCCAUUCGAUGGUCCCAGAGGGACCCUGGCUCACGCUUUCGGUCCCGGAUCAGGAGUUGGAGGGGACACGCAUUUUGAUGAUUCUGAACACUGGACAGCAGGAGAAGCAGGUUUUAAUCUCUUUGUAGUGGCAGCUCAUGAGUUCGGCCAUGCUUUGGGCCUGAAGCACUCCAGAAACCCAGAGUCACUGAUGUAUCCAAAUUACAAAGCCUUCAACCCAGCCAACCUGUUAUCAAGCGAAGAUGUAGCCAAUAUCAAAGCACUUUACAGUCCUGUCAGAGGUCAUCUAAAUAAUGUUUUGACGAACAGCUGGUUGUUUGGAUCACUGUUCCCUCGACUCAUGCAGGACAAAUGUGCAGCAGACCUGACCUUUGAUGCAGUGUCCACUCUUGGGGAUGCCACUUUCUUCUUUAGAGAAAGAUAUCUCUGGAUAAAGCAUAAUCAGCGGGAUGACAUUAAGGAAGGUCCCAUCUCCAACUUUAUGCCCAAGAUUGAAACCAGCAUCGAUGCCGCCUUCUGGGUACCUCGCAGAUCCACUGCUUACCUUAUUCAUGAAUCCAUAUUCUGGACAGUGAAAGGCUCUCGUGUGAAGGGAAAGGCCAGAAAACUAAGUCACUUUGGGUUUCCAGUGUGGGUUCAGGAGGUUGAUGCAGCAGUGCACAUCCCCAAAACAAGACGCACCCUCUUCUUUGCGCAUGAUAUUUACUGGAGUUACAGUGAAAACCGAAAGGUUAUGGAUUUCGGUUACCCAAAGUACAUCAGCGAGGGCUUUCCUGGACUCAACAGCACAAUAAAUGCAGCUAUUCACAAAGAUGGUUUCAUCUACUUCUUUGUGGGACCACAAGUCUACAAAUACGACUACACCCAGAAACAUGUUGUGGGAGUUGAGAAAGCAAAUUCCUGGCUUGGCUGUUGAAAUACUUUGUGAAAUCCACACAACAAGAAUAAUACCUGAAUAUCUUGAUUAAAGAAGAAAAAAGGAAACACGGAGUGCUGUACUUCUUAGAUUUUAGUGGAAUUUUAUUUAUCAUUAGUAAUGUUUUGCCACAAUAAAUAAUUUCUGUUUCUGUAUUUUAAUGUAUAUCUUUGAUGAUCAGCUUAUGAGGUUUAUUUGAUUUAUAAAAUCUCCAUGUGGUGUAGACUGACAUAUACAUAAGACAGUGUGAAUUAAGUUUGCCUCAUACCUG